UAAUACACGACGUGAAAUUCUCUGGUACGACACUCGAAGAACAUGUCAAAGCCACUGAAGUCGAUGUUUCAAGAUAGUGACACCAAUUGGAUUAUCGUCUCUGUGCCCAAACACAUGAUGCUGAAUUUCUGCAUUACUAACAUGAUGUUGCCACUGAAUGUCAACAAUCCUUCGGAGACAACGAUGAUCAAACACAGAGAGUUGUUUAACAUCUUCAACUCGGAGAGGCCAGGUUUCACAAGCAUAGAGCAGAACUGCUCUCACCGACGCGUUGUAGAUCCGACCUUUUACAGCCAGACUAACAUCACGAAGGCGCCAAAGAUGGACCAGAUUGGCAUAAACCGCUCUGGCUUUCACUAUACGUGCAUUGAUCUCAUCACUUACGCCACCACUAGCACUUAUGCAGCUACCCAGAUACACGAACUUCUCGACUACUAUCUGCUCACUGCCCAGGGUGAGCGCAGCUUCAGGGUCCUGCCAGUCUUGUAAAAGUACUUUGCACAUAGGAAGUGCAAAGCACAUACCAUACUUACCGACACUAAUUGCCAACUGAUGAAGCGAGGAUUGCACGGCUUGGGUAUGACCACACAGUAAGACAAUAUCAUCCGCAUACUCAAGAUCGAGAAGUCUUUCUUCAAGCAACAGAUCCACACCGCCAUUACUUACAUUCAUCAGAGCUGUCCCCAGAAUGUCAUCAUUGGCAAAGUUGAAAAGGAAUAGUGAGAUUGGACAACCCUGCCUAACCCCACUGCUCGAAUGGAACAAUGGAGAGAUGGUUGUAUGCCCUCACUCUGCCUGAGGUGUUUGUAUAUAGGGCUUUUAAGAUGUUAAUAAAUUUCUCAGACACACCCUUCUUCAAUAGACAAUCCCAGAGAACAGUCCUGUCCAACGAAUCGAAGUCAGCCUUGGUAUCAAGAAACAAUACGAU